UUGUUUAUUUUUUGGUUUUUGAAUCAUCACAUGGAGCCCAUUUGUUCGCUAAUUCAUUGACUGUUUUGUUUUGUUAUUAAUUGUUUUCAAAAUUUUAUCAUUAAAAAUGGAUAGUAUUAAUGAAGAUGUAUGGAUAGUUAUUCUGAAGUUCCUGCCCAUGAGUGAUCAGUUGUCACUGGCCCAAGUGAACGAAAGUAUUGCAUCCUAUGUGAAAUACCAAUGGAAACAUCUGAAAAGAGUGACUUUGACCCGAGAGGAUCUGGAAUUUCUGGACAGGAAUGAGGAACUGAUGCAGGAAUGCCUGGGCGGUUGGUCGAGAUCGGUGGAGCGCCUACAUCUACCCAAUGCCAGUCGGGAUCUGCUGAGAAAGUGGACGGAGUACAGCUUUCCCCAGCUCAGAUCGCUCGACUGCCACAUGGACUACAAUCUCGAGGAGGCCGACGAGGAGACCCUUCUGCUGACCGAGCUGUUCCCGCUCCUGACCAGUCUCACACUCAAUAGCAGCACCACAGGACGCUAUUUGUGGCAAUGGUCAGAUCUCAAAGAGCUGAAUCUCAUCUGGUGCGAGUACCUGGAAACGGACACCUUCGAGCAGAUCUUCGCCAGCCUAAAGCUGACGAAGCUGACCCUGCUCUACUACGGUUAUAAUGUGAAUCUGGGCCAAAAGGUGCUGGCUAUCACUCGAUGCUCAACGCUGGAAGAGCUGAUCCUCGACGACCACCACUUGCUAGGGGAUUUCCUCACCCGGUUGAUGAAUCUGCCGCACUUCCGCCGCCUGGCCUUCUACACGCGUGACUACUAUGAGUUCCUACUGAGUUCGGUGGCCAGGCACAAGCCACUGAAGGUGCGAUCGUUGCUCUUCAACGACUCCUUCUGGAGCAGUGAACGUGUGGCGGAAAGUAUCAUGCGCAUGACAAAUCUUCGACGACUGGUACUGCAAGAGGAUGACAUAGAUUCGCAGCAACUGCACGCCAUCUGCCACAAGUUGCCGCAGCUGGAGGAGCUGCACCUGGUGCAAUUGCGCGAAAUACCUUCGCCCACCCAUUUGUGGAACUCUAUAAGUCUCUGCCCCAGUCUAAGGAUCCUCAACUUGUCGUCUACCAAGUUAAGUUGCCAUUUUUUGUAUGUCAGCCACUCACGCCUCUCCCAAGUUCUGAUUAAUCGCAGUUCUCCGCUGACCAUUCAUCUCCACAACACUGGUUUGGUUCCCGAAGUGAUUCUGUCAGCUAUAAAUUGUCCCAAUUUAUAUAUCUCAUUCAAACCCAUCCAUUUGAACAUUUGGAGUUCACGAUUUGUGGAAAUCGAAUUCAUUCCUGAAUCAGCUUAAUAAUGGCAUUUAUCUACAUAUUUUCCGUUCUAGCUCAUUAACAGUGAAAAAAUUAAAGUGCAAGCACUUUCGUGUGAUUUGAAAUUAAACAUAAAUUGUAGAGUGUUUAACUUUAUGAUCCUUACAAGACGAAAACCUUAGAAGUAUUUACUUUCUUGGGUUGCAAUAAAUCCACUGAAUUAUG